AUGCAUGUUCGACAAGUAGUUAUAAACAGUUUUCUUUUCCUUUUCAUCCCCUGCGGCUUGUACAAACAAACAUUUGUUACAGAAAUGCAAAGCUUCUUUGAUGAAAUAGAAAAUAUAGCUAACGAAGAUAUUGUGAAUGAUGAUUUUACAAAUAUAGAAACCAAGUUGAACAAAAAAUGCGCUCAGAUAAUUGAAAAGAAGAAAAAUAGUACGACCUUACCGAUACAAUCAAAAAUUAUUCUUUUCCUAGAAGAAAUAGAUUUCAUUAAUCAUACAUUAAAUGUGUAUGAAGAGGAGAAAGAAAGAGAAAAAGAAAGAGAACUUAGGAGAAGAGUAGAAAGAGAAGAAGAUCAUGAAGAUGAAGACAAGGAAAAAAUAAACAAAAAAAAGAGGAGGGGAAAAAACGAAUCUAACGAACAGUUAGGGAAGGAGGUUUCCAAAGACUUGGAUGAUAUUUUAAAAGACGUAAUUUAUUUGGAGUUGGGUCUUAAGGAGUCUGAAAAUACGAACAAUACAAAAAAAAUAUUGCUCGAAAUUAGUGAAAUAUUAGAUAAAAUAGAGAGCAAGGAUUUUGUGCUAACAACCAAGAAGUCCUUAGACAUAAGAAUAGAUGAUUUUCGGAAAAACGAAAUAAGUGAAACCUACUUUUCAAAAAAAAUAAACGAAAUAUACCAGGAUACACUGUUAAAUUCUGAGCAAGAGGACGGAGCAAAGAGGGCAAAUGAGAGUAUCAGCGAAGAAACAAAAAAUAAUUUUGUUGAUGAAAUUCCACAUAGCAAUUUAAUUGUGUCUUCAUCGGUAAAUGAUGAUACUAAUGAAGGCUCUAAGGGUAGUGGACCUUACCCCACAUAUGGAUAUAACGGAGCAGGAGAAGGGCGAGCAAUAAGCAAUAAAAAUACAGGAAAAAAAGCGAACACGAGAAAAAAUAAGAAUCAGCAAAAAAUAGAAUCGUCAAAUUUUUUUCAUAAAAAAAAGGUACAUAAAUGGAAUUCGCAUAAAUGGAUUGUGCAAACUGAAGUUAGUAGAGAGGUGGCAGAAAGUAGCGGAAGAAACGAAGCUAAGGAGUGA